AUGGCACCCAGCACCAGAGCAAACUCCUCCAGAGCGCAGAGUAUCGCAGGAUCCAUCGACGCAUUUGGCGAUGAUCUUAGACGAUCAACCCAGCCAGCAAUCGGGAGCAGAAAACCAAGCAACUCGACAACUGCAUCUAAAAGGUCCAGGACGCGACCUGACGAUAGAGGAACACGACCUCCUACUGAUGUACGAAGCGAACUACCAAGUAUGGAACAAAGCCAGAAAAGCGAAAGAUCACAAAGCGUUCAAGAAAGCCACCAUCAAAGCGAAAGGUUAUUAUCGCCAACUGCUGAAAAUGUUAGGUUACCAAUGUCUGAUGGACCGGACCAACCGUUGGAACCCAUCAGACUGGGAUUGGAGUACUUUAGAAAGACGAGAAAGGGGAAAGAAAUUCACCCAGUCGACUCCUUACCCACGACCGAGCCAAUCCUCACGCCACCAAGGAAAGACAGUGGGCGACGAGAUCAUAGGAAUCAUUCAAGCAGCAGGAAUGGCAGUGAAGAAUGCGAGAGGACCAUCCUACCCUUAGAUGAAAAGCUUGUUAAACCUAUGUUUCACCAAUUUCAGUUGUAUCUUGAUCCUAUUAUUACUAGCUUGAAAAUGUUGCAUGAUGAAAUGAAUACCAUACAGUCACUCGUUAAAACUAACGAUGCGAACAGACGUUUGAAUAUUAUUGAUAAGACCAUCACGAACCUUAUCAAUAACGUAAACAGCCAAGUAAAGACGCUUAACCAGGUAGGUAUAGCAGUGCAAACAUCUACAAAUGAUGUAGCAGGUGUCAAGGAAGAACUGCAGAACUGGACUAAAACAGUACUACAAGUAGUAGAGGAAAGUGAGAAUGUUACUCGAAUGCAAAUUAUUAAAGAUAACAAAGAUAAUCUAGAUGAGCACUCCAAGAUCACUCGAGACCUAAUCAACAAGGUUAACGAAAACCUCCUAACAAGUAGUGACAGAACAGUCGAAGACCCGUAUAAUAAAAGAACAUGCGACCAGAUAUCUAGCAUGCAGGGAGUUAUGAGGCAACUCCAGAACAUGAUCCAUCGCCAAGGAGAAGAGUUGCUGGUCAUGAGCUCUCAUAAUGAAGAAGUCAUCAAACUUCUUUCCAACCUAACGUUCGAACAGCUGAAAAAGCAAGGUUCGUACGAGAAUGUAGAGAAUGGACCUUUUGAGGACAUUCUGCACGAUGUCCCACCACACAUGCACCAAGCUAGAAGUAAGAGUCAGUUUGAGACAAAUACGUUCAAAGCUAAAGGAUUGACAUCACCGGCGGAUGUCAAACACAGUCACCAGACAGAAGCGCCUAUUGUUGCUGAGGGAGUCAGUAAACAUCAGACUCGAGAACAAACCACACGAACUGAAUUCACACCAGAAUCAGAACUUACUAUGAAGAAAAGCAAGGAUAUCAACACCCUAGAGAAGGAUCCAGACGAAGAAGAAUCAUUAACUGGUGAAGAAUUAGAACUUAUCUUUGCACAUGACCAUGAUUCUCUAUACGAUGACGGAGAGUAUAGGGCGGUACAAGAUGAAUGCUCAACAAGCUCAGACGUGUCCAAGGUAGAGGAAUCUUUCAAAAUAUUAGAUAUUUCUUGUCUUGAAAGGUCUUUAGCAAAAGCACCUGUCUUUAUCGAAAGACAAAACAAACAAACUAACUUAGCGAGCCCAUUUUUGACGACGAUGUGCAACGGGUGGAAAAUGAAUAUGCUAGUAGAUACCGGCGCUUGUAAUUCACUCAUUACGCCACGGAUUCUUAACAAAAUCUGGUUUCACUGGGAAAGAGAAGUGAAACCACUUAAGCACAAAAGAAAGUAUUUUAGCGCAUCAGGAAUCCUGACAGCAGUUGGAGAGAUCACUUUACCAAUCCAGUUCCUUCACGAAUCAGACCCAGAACUUCAAUAA